AAAGACACAGGAGAUUUCACAAGCAAAUGGCUGCUGUAAAUGCAACCAGCUGGGAAGUAUGGGAUCUGUCAGGACAAAAGCUGAAGUCCGUUCCUCAGCACCUUCUGACACCAGUUAGUGUGUGUACAAGUAUGGAUUUGCAGAGGAACAAACUGAAACGUGUCAACAGCAUCUCGAGAUUCACCAACCUCAUAGAGCUUAACCUGUCCAGGAACAAGAUAUUGGAGUUUUCUCUGGAAAUCUGCAGCUUGCAAAAAUUACAGACUCUCUACAUGAACCAGAACAAUAUCAGGUCAAUUCCAGAGGGAAUCUUCCCACAUCUUAGAAGUUUAAAGUUCCUAAAACUCAGCAACAAUCGCCUGGCCAAGCUUCCUUCAGAUAUAAACCAGUGUACCAGUCUCACUUACCUGGAGCUUUCCAAAAACCACCUGCAAAGUAUUGAACCCCUAGUUGGUCUUACAAAACUGAGGGAGCUUUUGGUUGAGAAGAACCACCUGACAGAGCUACCAUCCCAGCUCUUCCAGAAAGGUAGCUGUGAACUGACCAUCUUCAAGGCCAUGGGUAACCCACUGAGGUGUCCGCCAGAGGAAGUCUGUGCUGGAGGGGUCAUGGACAUUCAGAGCUACUUCCUUCAAAUGGAGGAGAACCCCAAUGCUCACACUGCCCGGACAGUGAAAACAAUGUUCCUGGGCUCUUCCAUGGCAGGGAAGUCUACACUCUGCCGCAGCCUGAGGGAAGGGAAGCCUGUGACAGUCGCAGUGAAGGACCGGACUGAAGGAAUUGACAUCACUCAGCUGUAUAUCCAAGAUGUCCGCUUCCUUCUCUGGGACUUUGCGGGGCAGGAGGAGUACUAUCUGACACAUCAUGUCUUCAUCACACCAAGAGCACUUGUUAUUCUUACAGUUGAUUUAGCCAGUUACAGCAUCACAGACCCACAUUCUUUCAAAGACCAGAUUUGGUUCUGGAUAAACAACAUACAGUUACGUGUGCCAGAUGCGGUGGUGAUGCUUGUGGGAACACACUGUGAUCAGUGCAGAGACCUGGACGAGGUCAUGGAGAAGAAGAAGGACAUUGAGGAGAAGGUUAACACAAUGCUGGCAAACAGAAAGAUAGUUUUAAAAUACCAGAAGAAAAAUCUGGAAGAAAACGCAGACCCCUGUCUCUACAUGGACCAAGUGGAUGAGCUUGAUUGCCUUUUAGACUACAAUUUGAAGGUGCUGGAUCUUCUAACCCUUGACUGCACAAAGACUGAGGAUAUUGUAAGAUUCAGAAGUCUUAUUUUGAAAUGUAUCCAAUCAGAGAGCGUUUUCCUGUGUUCUGAGAGCAUCUUACCACAAAGUUAUGAAGAAGUGGAACAAGCCAUCCAUAUACUUGCUACACUAGAACAAAUCCCUCAACAUGGUAUUAUUCUACUUGAAGAACUUAGCGAUUUGAUUCUAAGCCAUGUAACACAAAGCAGAGAGCAUCUCCACUCCAUACUGCGAUUCCUCUUGCGAUAUUUGCACAGAAUCGGGGUGAUCAUUUGGUAUGAAGACAUUGACAUGCUAAGUGACAGAGUAUUUAUCCAUCCUUCGUUCCUCAUUUCCAUGUUCAAGACCAUUGUGAGACAUGAUCUGGUGCAGCAGGUUGAGGCCAUCUCCAGAGACCUUCUCAUGCGAGAAGGGGCUCUAAUGAAACAGAAGUUCAUCUGGGUGGAGGACUUGCGGUGCAGAGGCACCCUGCACAAUGCAGCUCUGCGCAUCCUGGUCCGGAGGGAGCUGGAGAAACUGGUCGAAGAUGACGACGACUUGUUCAGAGAGGUAGUGGGAACCAAGAGGGAGGAAGGCAUAAUUCUCACCCUGCUGCAACACUUUGAGGUUUGCCUCCCAACGCUUGUCAGAAGCCCCAUGAACCCCGAAGCACCAGAGUUCAUCCCAGGGGAAAAGCACUGGCAGUCAGCCAAGGAGUCUAAGAGAGACCCUGACGGAGCUUGCCUCUUCCCCAUCUAUCUGAAAGACAACCUCGCAGUAUGUCAGAAAUGGGGUGAGAACAAACAAGAUGAUGUCAGAGUGCACAUGUACUUCCUUCCUGAGAUUCCACAUGGCUUCUUCCACAGACUGGUCAUUAAGACGUGCUCUCUCUACUCGACUCACUGGGUGGGGAAGGAGCUGUGUCUCCUCUGCUGUGGAAACAGAUUGACUCUGGUGAGACAGAGGAACAAAGAUGGAGAUUCAUUCAUAGAGGUACGCUGCCGGAGACCUGAGAAGGAUAAAGAGUUUUGGCAGAUGUGGGAUCUGAUCUUGGCAGUGAUGUCAAAGAUUUUUGUGCUGUCAAGGCAGUGGCCAGGACUGACCCAGCAGGUGCACACUCCCUGUCCAGAGAGAGGCUGUCUGCAUUAUUUUACCUGGAGAGACUGGCAGGAACUGAACAACACCGACCUCUACAACCUCGUAAAGGAGGAAAAAUUAGUUUGCCAGGGAGGUCAUACACGACGGGCGGAACUGAUUUUUCCAAAAGCUGUCACUUCACAGUGAUGAAUGUAACCUCAAAGGAAACAAACAGCACCACAACUUUGCAACUUCAUCAACAC